GAUCGCCAGUUGGCCAGUGGACCAUUCUCUUCCUGUCAUUCCCCUCGUCUUCCCCUGGACACGUGUUAUAACUACAUCUUUUUUGCUUUUCAUGGAUCGAUUUAAACUCUGAGGUUAACACACUGACAGUUUGUCUCUGACAGGUGUGAAGUCGCCCCCUCAUUAUGUCAGACUCCAGCAGAACUAUGGAAGACAUGAGAGUCGUACUUCAGACCUGCAAAAGUCCUUGUGCAAAAGAUCGGGUUAAGUUCUACGACACCUGGGCAGAAACCUACGACAAGAAUUGGUAAGAAGGGGCAACCCUGGCGGAGUCUAUCACCCACAGGGUACAUGUUUGACACAGCUCUCACACUGAAGACUGGAGCGGUCAUAUGCUCAUGAACCCUGCAGCAACACAGCGAGGGUGCAGAGCUGGUCCACAGUUUCAUGGACAGGAGAGGAUGUCUCCCUGAUGAGCUACAGAGCUCCACAUCUGGCAGUAAACUUUCUGUCUGAGAACUUCACCGGGACUCCUGAGGAGUCUCUAGUUCUGGACGUGGCCUGUGGGUCCGGAUUGGUCGCUAAACUGAUGGUUGAACUGGGCUUCAGACGCUUCGUGGGAGUGGACGGCAGUAAAGGCAUGUUGGACCAAGCUGCUGAGAGCGGCCUCUAUCAGGACCUGAACCAGGCCUUACUGGGAUCAGAUCCACUGCCUGCACAGCCUGGUGCGUUUGAUGUGGUGAUGAUCAUCGGUGCUUUGCGUCCUGGUUUUGUGCCGGUCAGCGUCAUCAAGGAGAUCUACCAAGCUGCCAAACCAGGAGCCUACAUUUGUAUGUCGAGAGUCGAUCCCAGGUCCGAGGCUGGAGACGAAUACAAGGUGUCAAUGGAGCAGGAACUGCAGCUGAUGGAGGACGAGGGUCUGUGGACUCUGGUAGCUACUAAAGAGAUGCACAGAUACAUGUUAAAUUUUUACCAAAAUUAUAAUGAAGGAGAGCAGAACGAGCACUACCUCAAUGGCACCAUGUACCUCUACAGAAAGGCACAUAAUGAGAGUUAAACUGCAGCUUUUACAUUUGGGAUUUGGACUAAAAAUGUAAUCAACGACUCAUAUUAAAUCAACGUUUUCAUGAUGACACCAAUAGGCCUUUUAAUAUUUUGAUGUUUAGAACUAAGAAAUGUUUCUAAUAUGGAGAGGAAAAUUGCAUAGUUUCUAAUGUUGACAUGAAUCCUCCAGAGUUUGUGCCUGAAAGAACAUUUGACAUGAUCCAACUAAUAAAUGUAGAAAACUC